ACAAAUUGCAGGGAGGUCAAAAUUUUGAAUAAAUACACAUGGAUGUGCGCUGGGUAUGGACUAGCAUCUUCCUUUGUCAACAAUGGUUUGCUCAGGAGACCGUUUCUUUCAGGUGGACAUAGGCACAUUAUUGCUUCUAUUAUCGGUGGAUCGAUAGGCUACUUCAUUGGUCGAUUUGAAAGCAGAGCCUUGGCAGAGAGAGAGUUUUACAUCGAGGAAUAUGUGAACAGACAUCCAGAAGACUUUUCAAAGGAGACGCCCAAGAAGUUAGGAGAGGUCACACAAAGAUGGUUGCCUGUUCGUUGAAUCACUUCUUCAUCCCUAGAGAGAUCUAUUGUGUGGACAUCAUUGUUUUGUAAAUAACUGUUGAUAUAUGCCAGAUGUAGCAUCUAAUGUGUCUGUGAUGACAAGUUCUUGAGAAAGGAAUAAAAAGAUCAGGCUUUCCUGUCUGUGUGGAUAUGAAUAUCAACAACACCGUGAAUCGUCCUUGGAUUUGGGAUGUUAUACCUUACAGUGUUAAAUGCUCAAAAUGAUGGGCUUUUUGUUGUUAUAAACACAGGUUUUCACAUAUUAAUUCAUUUAAUCAUGAUUGAAUGAACAAUACUAUUAUUGCUUCCUUCUCCAUAGUAGUGAAUCAAAUUUCUUCAACAAUAUUUUGCCCUUUUCUCUCCCUUUAUGGAGUUUGAAAACAAUUCUGUUUCAAACUACUGAUCAUACCAGGAGAAGGCUUAAAGCUACUUCCAUGCGUUGGGAGGUACAUCUUGCCCAAGGGUUUUGAGAAAUUACCAAACAUUUUAACUGAGGAUAUUUAUGUUCUUCUUUUAGAAACAUUGUGAAAUUAAUUCCUUGGAAAGAUAUGAAGAGCUUAAUCUAACUAGAAAAUGAGGCAUUCAAAUCAAAAGUAAACACUAUAAAGUACAUUUUCUAGAGUUGCUCAGAAACUAUGUUGCACAGAAGGGAUUAAGGAGAUAAAUACAUGUAUAUGUAUCUGCUAUGGUUGGUCAGGGAAGAUAAUGUAAUGUCAGAAGAAAAACAUUCAUAUUCUCAAAAAAGACAGCACUGAUAAUUAAAUUUAUUUACUUGAAAAAAUAA